UGGCAAUAAUAGCUAAAGUUUACCGACAGCCACCGGGUUUCCGCGCGGUUUGGCUAAUGAAGCAGGCACGUAAACGAUUACGUCAUGACGCAAAUGAUGACGCAACACAUCUCGGGCUCUGGGCGGUGUGAACAAAACGGGAGCUGAAAAGAAAAACCGGUACCGAACAAGAAGUGCGCAAGUACGGAGCUAGAACGGGAGAACUAUCGGUGGACUUCGUGCGGUCCAUCUCGGUGCUUAAAUGGAAGGCCCCCUCAUAAUGUCCACUAGCCGCCAGUAUUGGUCAAUGAGUGAAACAAAAGCCUUGCUAAACAUAUGGGCUGACGAAGAUGUGCAGCAACAAAUGGAGGGCACAUGUAUCAGGGAAGAAGUUAGUCAGUUCAUGGUAGAAGGGUUGGCAAAGUUAGGUAUCCAGCGCACAGCCACCCAAGUGAGGGACAAACUCAAAAAGAUGAGACAUAUGUAUAAGACUUCUAAGAUCAUUGGACGAAAACCUUUCCCUUUUUUCAAAUUAAUGGAUAGUGUGCUCGGAAGACGAGGUGGGGCAGAGGGUGAGCUGGGGACCAGUGAAACUCCCAAAGGCCUUAUUGCUCCUUGGGAGCCAGAAGCAGAAGUCAAAUCCCACACUACAGAGAGCGGCAGGUCCUCUGCCUUUAAAAGAAGAGUCAGAUCAGUUGCUCAUAAACGGAAGGCUGACAGUGACACUACCACUACAAAAGAGUUUCUCAGUGCUAUGACAGAGUGCCACAGGCAGUGGCUGGAGAUGGAGCAGGAGCAGAGGAGGGAGGAGUGGGAGAGGGAAGCUCAGCUGAGGCGUGAGGAGAUGCAGCAGGAGCUGGCUCUACGUCGAGAGGAAGCAGAAAGAGAGGAGACACUGAGGCGUGAGGAGAUGGAGGCUCGAAGUAAAGACAGUGAGCUGCUGACCUCUUGCCUGAUGCAAAUUGCAAAGAUUAUUUCAAAGGACCCUGCUGCUUUGUAAUGUCAUAUGCCUUUUCUUGUGAAUGAUUAAUUUUUGUUGCCAGGAUAGCAAUGGACCAAUGGUAUUUGACUUAUUAAAAGCUUGUAUUUAAGUUAGUGUAUUAAAUGAGUCAAUCAAUGUACAACC